AUGGAGGCUAUUCUGGUGUCCAGCGGUGUGGGCUCGGGUGUGCACCGGCCCCCACCUGUCGCAGCUCUGAUGGUGCCAGGUACUUUUGCUGAAGUUUGUAAAAAGCGUCUGAAGUCUAAGCUGAAGGAGAAGUACCGGUGUGUUUCUGAGGGGAUUGUUAAAGCAGGAAACCCAACCCUUCUGGAGCAGAUCUACACGGAGCUCUACAUCACAGAGGGAGGGACCGGAGAGGUCAACCAUGAACAUGAAGUCAGACAGAUUGAAGCAGCUUCCAGGAAACCAGACGGAGCAGAAACAACCAUCAGACAGGAAGACAUCUUUAAACCCCCACCUGGAAGAGAUGAACCAAUCAGAACAGUGAUGACGAAGGGAGUGGCCGGCAUCGGGAAAACAGUCCUAACACAGAAGUUCAGUCUGGACUGGGCUGAAGGCAGAACCAACCAGGACAUCCAGUUCCUGCUUCCAUUCACCUUCAGGCAGCUGAAUGGGCUGAAAGAGAGAAAGUUCAGCUUGCUGGAACUAGUUCAUCACUUCUUCUCUGAAACGAAAAGAAUCUGCAGCUUUGAAGAGUUCCAGGUCGUGUUCAUCUUUGACGGUCUGGAUGAGAGUCGACUUCCUCUGGACUUCCACAACAAUGAGGACCUGACUGAUGUUACAGAGUCCACCUCAGUGGACGUGCUGCUGACAAACCUCAUCAGGGGGAACCUGCUUCCUUCUGCUCGUCUCUGGAUCACCACACGACCCGCAGCAGCCAAUCAGAUCCCUCCUGAGUGUGUUGACAUGGUGACGGAGGUCAGAGGGUUCACUGACCCACAGAAGGAGGAAUACUUCAGGAAGAGGUUCAGAGAAGAGGAGCAGACCAGCAGGAUCAUCUCCCACAUCAAGAAAUCACGGAGCCUCCACAUCAUGUGCCACAUCCCAGUCUUCUGCUGGAUCACUGCUUCGGUCCUGGGGAAAGUCCUGGAAACCAGAGAGGGAGGGGGGCUGCCCAAGACCCUGACUGAGAUGUACAUCCACUUCCUGGUGGUCCAGGCCAAACUGAAGAAGGUCAAGUAUGACGGAGGAACUGAGACGGAUCCACACUGGAGUCCAGACAGCAGGAAGAUGGUGGAGUCUCUGGGAAAACUGGCUUUUGAGCAGCUGCAGAAAGGAAACCUGAUCUUCUAUGAAUCAGACCUGAGAGAGUGUGGUAUCGAUAUCAGAGAGGCUUCAGUGUACUCAGGAGUGUUCACCCAGAUCUUUAGAGAGGAGAGCAGCCUGUACCAGGACCAGGUCUUCUGCUUCAUCCAUCUGAGUGUCCAGGAGUUUCUGGCUGCUCUUCAUGUCCAUCUGACCUUCAUCAGCUCUGGAGUCAACCUGCUGGAGGAAGAGAAGAACACAGAGACUGACCUCUAUCAGACAGCUGUGGACAAGGCCUUACAGAGUCCAAACGGACACCUGGACUUGUUCCUCCGCUUCCUCCUGGGUCUUUCACUGGAGACCAAUCAGAACCUCCUACGAGGUCUGCUGGAACCAAAACAAAGAAGUUCACAGAACAAUCAGGAAACAGUUGAAUACAUCAAGUGGAAGAUCAGUGAGGAUCUGUCUGCAGAGAGAAGCAUCAACCUGUUCCACUGUCUGAAUGAACUGAACGAUCGGUCUCUGAUGGAGGAGGUCCAACGGUCCCUGAGGUCUGGAUUUCUCUCCACAUAUACACUGUCUCCUGCUCAGUGGUCGGCUCUGGCCUUCAUCUUACUGUCAUCAGGAGAUCUGGAGGUGUUUGACCUGAAGAAGUUCUCAGCUUCAGAGGAGGCUCUACGGAGGCUGCUGCCGGUGGUCAAAGCCUCCAAGAAAGUUGUGUUGAGUGGCUGUAACCUCUCAGGGAACAUCUGUGCACUUCUGUCCUCAGUUCUCAGCUCUCAGUCCUCCAGUCUGACAGAACUGGACCUGAGCAACAACGACCUGCAGGAUUCUGGACUGGAGCUACUGUGUCCUGGACUGGAGAGUCCACACUGUCACCUGGAGUCUCUCAGGUUGAGUGGCUGUAACCUCUCAGAGGACAUCUGUCCACUUCUGUCCUCAGUUCUCAGCUCUCAGUCCUCCAGUCUGACAGAACUGGACCUGAGUAACAAUGACCUGCAGGAUUCUGGACUGGAGCAGCUGUGUCCUGGACUGGAGAGUCCACACUGUCACCUGGAGUCUCUCAGGCUGUCAGGCUGUCUGAUCUCAGAGGAAGGAAGUUCUUCUCUGGUCUCAGCUCUGACCUCCAACCCAUCCCACCUGAGAGAGCUGGACCUGAGCUACAACCAUCCAGGAGAGUCAGCAGGGAAGCUUCUGUCUAGACUGAAGGAUCCCCGCUGGAGACUGAACACUCUCAGGGUGGAGCCUGCUGGACAACGAUGGCUGACACCAGGUCUGAGGAAGUAUUCCUGUCAACUCACCAUCGACACAAACACAGUCCACAAAUACAUCCAACUGUCUGACAACAACAGGAAGAUGACACGUGUGGAGGAGGAUCAGUCGUAUCCUGAUCAUCCAGACAGGUUUGAUGUCUGCCCUCAGCUGCUGUGUAGAGAAGUUCUGACGGGUCGCUGUUACUGGGAGGUCCAGAGGAGAGGAAGAGUUUCUGUAUCAGUGAGUUACAGGAGAAUCAGCAGGAAAGGAGUCUCUAGUGACUGUGGGUUUGGAAGGAACAAUCAUUCCUGGAGUCUGGAAUGUUCUGGUGAUGAUCGGUACUGGGUCCUUCACAAUAAGAGAGAAACACCUCUCUCCUCCUCUUCCUCAGUCUCUGACAGAGCAGCGGUGUACGUGGACGUUCCUGCUGGAACUCUGUCCUUCUACAGCGUCUCCUCUGACAGACUGAUCCACCUCCACACCUUCAACACCACCUUCACUGAACCUCUCUAUCCUGGGUUCAGGUUCUGGCCCGGUCCUGGUUCUUCAGUGUCUCUGUGUUGAGUUCAG